AGUAUCCUGAUAUACUUUUUGUUUAUAUUACAGUUUCAACUUUAUUUAUUAAUUGUUUAGUUAAUAUAGAAAGGACUAAAGGCACUAAGUAAAUAUGAUACAUUUUUACCUUGUGCCAUUAACCCGUUUUAAAACCUGUUCUUUAGUCAAUGUAUUUUAUAAUUUACACUUAUCUCUGUAAUGUAGAAUGUGGUAAACGUUAUAUACUUGUGUAACACACAGAUAAUAGAAUAUCAAUUACGUAUAUAUAAAAUUAUAAUCAUCGUUUUUAUAAUAAGUGACAGUGAAACCGCUGCGAUGUAUUCAGACGCUGCGCUCCAGGAACAGAUUGCCACAAAGUGUGUUGUGAAGGAGGAGUUCGUGAACUGCGUGGGGCAGUCAUCAGAAUGUUUGCAACAUUGUAGCGACAGUAAAGAGCGGGUGGUUCCGCUGCACGAGUCUCCAGAGUACCACACAGCAAGGGACACGGGACAGGACACUGAACAGUCGAAACUCGAUAGACUUAAGCAUGGAGUUGACAGACCUGCAGCUGUGAAGACGGAGAAGGACCUGACCGACUCGGCAGAAGAGUAUCAAAUGCCUUCUGUCAAUAUUUACGACGACCUUCUGGAUGUGUGUGAGCACCAAAGGAUGAAGAAUGAGUUGAUUACAGGAGUUGUUAGUGAUUUAAACACUGAGCCUGCUUUUGUAUUAUAUAAUGAGCAUGAUGUGUACAAAUUAGAUCACCAGGAAAUUAAUGUAAUGUCGGAUAAGGGUAAUUCAUGUGAUGUAUGCAGAGCGACAUUCCAGUUGCCUGUUGCUCCUCUAGAAGGCCAGGUAUCAGGACAUAGUGCUCAGAAACCACACUCGUCAACUAAUCAUAACAUACUCUCUACAUCUGACUCACAUUUGAAGGACAACCAGCUUGUAAAUAAGCCAUAUACUUGUGAUGUAUGUAAAAAGAGUUUUAGAACGAAAAAAAUAUUGAAAAAACAUCUAAUCACACACAGCGAUGAGAGGCCGUACAGCUGUGGUGUGUGUGGUAAAAGUUAUAAAAGAAAGCCGCAUUUGAAAAUGCACUUGAUGAUGCAUAACGGUGAGAAGCCAUUCCAUUGUGAUUGCUGUACGAAAUGUUUUAACACGAGGCAAUCGUUAAACAAACACAAAUUCACACAUAUCGAUCAGAAACCGUACAGGUGUGAUGUAUGUGGAAACUGUUUUAAGACAAAUUGUGCGUUGAAGUCACACCUGUUAAGACAUACUGAACAAAGGAUCACUUGUAAUGUAUGUGGGAAAGGUGUAACACGACAGUACUGGAAACGUCAUAUGUUUGCACAUACUGGUCAAAAGGUCUACAAUUGUCGUUUGUGCGAUAAGGGUUGUAACACAACUCAACAGUUAAAACAACAUCUGAUUACCCAUGAUCCUUCAAAGUUAUAUACUUGUGACACAUGUAAGAAGCGUUACAAAACAAAAAAAUCCUUCGAACAGCAUUUGCUCACACACAUCCAAAUGAAAAACAAGUUUUACCGUCACUUUAUAUAUUCCGAUUCACCACAGAGUGAAAAAAUUGAAAAUUUGUUAAUUUUAUACAAAAAAUAUGACAUUCAAAUAUCCAACUUCUGUGAGGAUAUGAAUUCUGACUGAGUUUUUUAUGAUAAUAAAUAUUUAUGUAUGGACACUGGUGGCAAUUUGAAGUGGACUGUAGGGAAAAAAAUAGAUAAUGUAAAAACUUGACGUUCAUAAGAGCCUAAAAUGUCCUACAUGAAUAAAUGAUUUUUGAAUUUGAAUUUGAAAUUAAACACUUUCAUUGA